AUGUCCCGCGCACCCGUAGUCUGUAUCACGCACGGCGGCGGCCCGAUGCCCGUCCUCGAGCCUCAAAUGGGGGGCCACGGCCACGAUGCCCUCAACGAGAGCCUCCGUACGCGCGUGCGCGAGAUCCUGAGGCUGGGAACGCCCGAGGCCCCCCGCGCCAUCGUCGUCGUCACCCCUCACUGGCGUCCUGACCACCCGACCGUCACGAUGGUGGACGAACCCCCCAUCUACCAUGACUUCGAGCCCAGCCAUCCGCCUGCCGCUUUUGAAAUCCAGUACAAGGCGCCCGGGUCCAGCGAGGUGGCCAACCUUGUCCACGAAGCCCUUUCGGCGGCCGGCGUAAGCCCUGCCAAGGACUUUGAGAGAGGUACUGUUACUAUUUCUAUGCAUGUGCCGUGGGUUCGCGCCCGGAGACUGCUGGUCACUGCUGACGUGGCAUAUUGGAACAAACUCGCAGGUCUCGAUCACGGCGUCUUCAUCCCCUUCAUCUUCAUCAGCCCGUCCGGCGAGGUGCCGCUGGUGUCACUGUCCAUCUCCAACUCUUCCGACCCAGACCUGUACACAAAGAUGGGCCAGGCGCUCGCCAAGCUCCGUGACGACAACGUCGCCAUCGUGGGCUCGGGCUUCGCUUCUUUCCACAACGUGCCUAUGAUGCGCAAGCUGUACAUGGCCGACCCGGACUCGGAGGAGAUGACGGCAUGGCGCAACAAGGUCGCUGACUUCAACAAGGGCCUUGUGGACGGCGUGCUCGCCGAUGAUCCGGCGCAGCGCGCCCGCUUCCUGCGCGAAUGGCGCGCGCUGCCUCACUCGUACGACCUCCAUCCAGAAGACGAGGACGAGCACAUUCUGCCGCUGUUCGUUGCUGCGGGAGCCGCGGACAGGAGCAAGGGGGACUGGUUUGCGGACAUGUUUGGCGGCGUCGAGGUGUGCACCUUUUACUGGAGUAAGUAG